AUGAAACAAGAAUUUGAGAUGUCAGAUCUGGGACUCAUGCAUUAUUUUCUUGGAGUAGAGGUGCAACAACAAUCUGAAGAUAUAUCCAUUUCUCAAACCAAGUAUGUGGUUGAUUUAUUGAAGCAGUUUAGAAUGAUGCCAUGCACUACAGUUGCAACUCUUGUAGCACUUGGUGAAAAAUUAACCAAGGCAGAUGCAAGUUCCAACGUGGAUACUACUAAAUACAAAAGUUUGGUUGGGAGCCUCAUGUACCUCACUACAACGAGACCUGACAUUAUCUAUGUUGUGAGUCUCAUCUCUCGAUUCAUGCGCGAUUUACAUGAAUCUCAUUGGCGAGCUGUAAAAAGAAUUUUGAGGUAUGUAAGUGGCACACACAAUUUUGGCAUUCAUUAUUCUCCCACUGACAAGUUUGAGCUAGUUGGCUACACAAAUUUUGAUUGGGCUGGUUUAGUGGAUGAUAAAAAAUCAACCUUUGGUUGGGUUUUCUCACUUGGUUCUGGAGCCGUUUCAUGGAGUAGUAAAAAACAGGCAACCAUGGCUCUCUCUUCCAUAGAAACCGAGUAUAUUGCAGCAGCUGCAGCUAGUUGUCAAGAUAUCUGUAUUCAAUGA